UUGGCAACAGUUCUUGUUAAAUUGGAGGCUUGCUACCAUUUUGCUGCUUAUCGUGCAUCUCUGUGUACAUUGGCAUUCCAUCACAUUUGUUGUUCUUUGCACCGUUUAAUACUUUCUUGAAAGCGUUUUGAUAAUAUAAUGGUUUCUUCAAAUUUACCGAGAAAGACCAAAAUUUUUGUUGGUCGUUUACCUGAAAAUUGUCGAAAUGAUGAAUUGCGACAAUUAUUUCUCCGUUUUGGUGAAGUCACUGAAUGUGAUGUGAUGAAUCGUUACGGAUUUGUUCAUAUGGCUCGAGAAGAAGAUGCAGCUGCUGCAAUCAAGGCUUUACACAAUACAAAUUUCAAAGGUGCUACAAUCAAUGUUGAACAAUCGACAGGGAAAUCACGAGGGACUGGUCCUAUCGGGCGUAGAGAUGAUCGAAGAGGUGGACCAAUGAGAGGUGGAAGAAGUGGUCGAGACGGAGGUCGUGACAGUCGACCAGGUCCUUAUAAUCAUCGCGGAGCUCUUCCAUUACCACGUGCUGGUUACAACGGAUCUGCUACAGGUGGCGUUGGUGGAGGGUAUGCAGAUUAUGGCAACCGUAGUAGCAGUGACUUUGGUGGACGCAGUGGCGAUUAUUCAAGUGGUGGAUAUGCUGAUCGUGCAAACUACGGCCAAAAUGUCGGUGGUGGAGGUAUGGGAGGAUAUGCAUCGACGCCUGGAAUUGUUGGUGGAUAUGGUCCGAAUACUGGCGCAGUCGGUUAUGGACCUGGAGGAGCUGGAGAUUAUGGAAGAACAAAUGAUUAUGGUCGCACUGGUGACUUUGGAACUCGAUCAGAUUACGGCAACUUUCAAACUGGAGGUGCAAUGAGCGGUGAUUUUAAUCGUGGUAUGCCAGGUAUUGGAGAUUAUGGACGAGCAGAUAAUUUUGGUCGGGCUACAGACCCUUACACUCCCAGAAAUGAUUACGACCGUAAUACAGGUCCAAUGAGAAAUGGUGGUGCAAUCGCUACUGGUGGUUAUGGAUCUGGGUAUGCAGAUGCCGGACCAUUAAGCGGAGGACAGAGUUAUGCUUCUGGAAACCCUAGUUACAAUACCGGUCCAGGACCCCAGACUGAUAUGUUCAGUAGAAGACCAGUCAAUGCGGUGACUAGUGGUGUAUAUCCACCGAUCAGUGGCGGGUAUACGGAAGCAUAUGAUCGACCAGAUUCAUAUGGUCCUCCUCGUAAUACGGGCAAUCGCUUCCCAGGUCCGGCAGAUUCAAUGCCACCAAGGUACUAAAACGUGUACCCUCAAUAAAAACUGCACACUAUGGCACACAAAAUAAAUCCUAAUGGUGCGCCGUCAGAAAAGUGUGACCACCGUGCGCGAUAAGUGAAAAAUGAAAAUACUGAAAAAAUUCUAUAUCAAUUAUGUUCAAGCUUUUACUUUAUUAAAAAAAAAACACUUUGCGAAUGAUAACAUAAUAAAAAAUAUCGAUAAUCAUCGUAUUUACUUAUUUACCCUGAACAAUGAAUUAUAAAACCAUGAAUUAUAUUAGAGUAGCGUUGAAAUACUGAAAAUUUAUAAGAAGAAAAGAAUAAAUUGAAUGAUGUAUAAAAAAUCAUAAUUUAUAGUAAUUUAUUAAGCGUCUAUUAUUUUUUCUUGUUUUACAUUUUGUCAAAUUCUGUUCUUUUUUCUUAAAUUUAAUAUUUUUUUGUUUUUGAACAAUUUGUCAUAAUUUAAAAAAAAAACAGUCGAACUAUCAAUCUUAAUUAGAAAGCAUUUAAAAACAUUAUAAAAAACAAUAACAACACAAAAUUGAUGUGAAAAUAAUUCAAUUUCGUUCGGGGAUGCUUGAAAGAAAAUCGAGAGAAGUUGAAGAGACCUAGAAAUUGGCAGUGGAGAUCAGUCUGUGUGAAAAAUGCGUGUGUUUUUGAAAAUAUUAAGAGUUUUCAAGGAACAUUAUAUAACAUACAGAUUUAUUAAUUUAUCAUAUUAAGAUAGUUCACUCGCGACAUUCAUAGCCAAAAGUGUAGCGUAAUCGUAACUACAAAAAGUUAGAGAAACUCAAUGCCAGAAUAUUUAAUUUUUGUAAGAGACUGUAUCCAAUACACCUUAGUUUUGAAUAUACAGAUACACACUAUAAUACAAUCACACUGAUGGGUAUAAUCAAUAUGGCAACACAGCAAAUAUUAAUAUUGAAUAAUCUACGCAUUAAACGUAUAGGUAGCAAUCUUUAUAUAGUGCGAGUUUAUUAUACAUACAGUUUAUUAUUGUUGACAAUCACAAAUUUUGGAUAAAAUAAAUUUUUGUGCAUAUUUUAAUAAUUUUUUUUCGACUUACAAGUAAAUAGCUUUUAAAAAACAUCAAUUUGUCGGAUGUCACCUACUUUCCGUAUCAUAAUUUUUCAGGAUUCUAAAGCUAUUGUGGAAGCCAUAAUUAAUAUAGGAUAAUAUUAAAAAAUUAUUUUUUUGUUUGUUUAGUAUCAUUGAAUAAAUGUUCAACAUUCAUAAAAAUUAUUUCGAAAAAUUUUUAAAUCAUUUUUUUAUUUUAAAAUAAUUUAAUUUAAAAAAUCAAUAAUUUUUAAAUCGGUCUAGAAGUUCAGAGUUUUUUUUUUUAAAUUUAUAAUUUUUUCAUUCAACAGUGCAUAAGUUUUUUAAAAAAAUGGUAACAACCGCUUUCAGGUACUCAGGAAACUGUGCGUUUCUUUUAUACUUGGUAGACCUCCAGCACGUUAAUUAUGCUCUUUUUGAUUGUUAAUAUUUCGUUUCACAGUCGGCGAAAAAAUUUCGUUUGUUAUUCAUUAAAUAUUAGACAUUUUUGUUAAUCUCAUAUUGUAAUUUCUCAUUCCUAAGAAUAGCCGUUUUGCGAGUGAACUACGUUAAUGUAUGAUAUCUAUAAUACAGCUCAACCUCAUUAUAAGAUUCCCUGCUACAAGACGCUGCCUCUAUUUGUUAAAAACUGUCUUGAACGCUUUCCCUACCAAUCACUUUAUUUGAGUAGGAUUAGUAUUUUCGUACAUUCAGCUGAUUGACGUAGUACGGUCUAAAAUUUCAACAUGUAAAAUGUAAAACUUACAAAUUCAAAUGCAAGUGAUUUCAUGGAAUUGAAACAUAAAUUUUCAAUUUUCAAUCAUUAAUGAAUGGUUAUCAAACUGCAAAAGUUAUAAAAGUAAAUUUUUAAUUUUAUGAAACUUAUUAACGAUAUUUUAAAAUGUAGUUUUACUAUUUUUACAUUCUAAAUAGUAAAAGUUCGUGAUUGCUAAGGCAUUGAUGAUACUCAAUAUCGAAAUUUUAAAAAUUACAGUGUGAGAUGUAAUAGUUCCAUUUUCUACAUUAAGGUUCAUAAUUGAUUGCCCGCACUGUAAAUCUUAUCGAACCACUUGACAAAUUUUCUUAUGAUAAGUUAUGAGUCAUAACUUAUGACAAAAUUCCUUGAAAAAUUGACCAUGAGGACAAAUACAAUAGCUAGAUUUUUAAAAAAUUUACCUAAUAGAUUUUCAAAAAAUCUACCUAAAAAUGAAUGUUAACCCUUUCCCGAAAGAGUGAAUCGAAAUGAAUCGGUGUGAGCUUUACGGGGGUAACGCCAAUCAAAGUUCGUUGUUAAGGCUGUGUGAGUAACGGUUUAAUCGUGUGAGCAACAGUUUAAUCGUAGUAGUGCGUGCAUGCGCUCCCUUCUACUAUUUUUUCUGCCCCUUCUCUUCUCAACAGGCUAGCGCUUUCUCGCUUUAAGACGAAGACGUACGAUUCGAAUUGAGAGUAGGGACUCAAGGUCAACCGGGAAAGGGUUAAAUCAAGACAGUUGAAUGUAGAAAUGAAAUCAAAAAGGAUUGAACAAAAAUCGAUGGGAUACUGUACUUUGCCAGAAUUUUGAACGGUUAAAAUUGUUCGUACAGUAUUUUUUAGGAAAAAAAUAAAAUAAAAUUUACACUUUUUCUGUAUUUUAAAAAUCUACUAACGUUUUAAGUAUUUAUUUCCAUAAAGAUGAAACGUAAAGCGACUCAUGAUCCAACCCUCUGUUUUUCGAUUUUUGGAAUGAGUAAUAAUGUGCAAUUUGAGUAGGAUCUAUUUUCUAGAAAUAAACUUGGCAACAAACGUAUAACAGUAGCAACGAGUUCUUUUACGGGAUUUUAUGAUAUAAAAAUUUUACGUAAUUUCAUAAGUCAUGACAGUCCUAUUGAAUUUAUGUAGCAAUCAGUUAGGAUUAUAGUGUUUUUUAUAUUAUGCUAUAGAAGAUUUAAAAUAGAACGUUUGACUAAAAGCUUUUUCAAAAUUUAUUUUAAUCGAUGUAUUUAUACCCUACUUGUUUCAGAGUUGCACUAAUUCACUUUGUUAAUUGAAUUAUUAUUAUAUCGAUUUUGGUUCAAUUUUAUCAGAAACAUGAAGUUUUAACGAAUUUGAAUAUUAUUUACAUAGCUAAAUUUAACUUUUGUAAGAUUGAUAUCCAAUUGCUUUCUCAACUUCGAAUCAACGUCAGUUAUUGAACCAAAAUUUUUCUUUGGUACAUCUAAUAUUGACAAAUAGCAAGGAUUAAUACCGUGGCAACACCAAACAGUAUUAACUCAAAAAAACGCUGUUUCAAAAAUCCGAUAGAUUCUUAUAGCUGUAUGUAUAAGGCCCUAUACGUAACUAUAGUACUUCUCAUAGAAUUCAUUCAUUCUUAUAAAAUCUUUAUGGGAAUUGAUGAGAAUCUAUUAGAUUCUAUGAGAUUUUCUAAACAAGGAAUAAGCCCUAUUAAGAAUAGUUAAAUAACAUUUUUAUUAUAAUUAGUUAAAAUUUGCCUGUCUUUGAAAAAUUUCAUUUGCCAAUAGAUACAGAAAAAAACCCUAAGCUUGAAAUUUAAUAUAAACAAUACUCAGAAGCUGCUAAUAAUAAUAUGUAGAUCCAAUUUUUCAUAUAUAAAUGCACAAAAUUUUUGUUAUUGUGACAUAGGCGUAUUUCAAGCAUCAAAUACAUUAUCGAAACUUUCAUGUCAAAAGUUUUGAACUUUGUCGUUAUUGAAUUAUUACCCUCGCCGAUUUGGAAAUGCCGAAACAAUUUAUAUUAGCAUAAAUCUGGCAAAAUUGCAGGAUAUAUACGGUAUUAUUACAAAAAAAAAACACCAUUUAAUUAUUAUAAAAUAAUCGUAUUAUUUUCCCUGGUAGAAAUUUUUGGGAAUUUUCUCUGAAAAAUUCAGAAAAAGUCUUUAGAACUUUGGAACUGAGUUUUUCAGAGAAAAUUCCUAAAAAUUUCCACUUGGGUUAGCUUUUCUAUAGAAUUUUUUCGGUAAAAGUUCGGCAUUUUUAUAGUAAUUUCACUUUACAGUCGAGAUAAAAAUUUUUGCUGGUCAUAAUUCCUGGCCGACUAAUUUUUUCAGAGAAUAAUUCCAAAUAUACUAAAAGUGUGACAAACGAAAAAAUCCAACCAAAAAGUGCAUUGCAAAUGUGUUUUUUUUUUUUUUUAUAACCAAAUGGUCAUAAUUCCGGUUUUACGCAAAUAUUUAACAAACUAUAGUACACGGAUAAAAAAAAACCUGAACAAAAUUUAAAAAAAAAAUAAUGAAUAAAAUAAGCCUAUAUUUAAUUUCCUACGAGCUGUAAUUUGUAAAUUAUUUAAAUGUUAAUUAAUUUUGUCGUCAACUCGAUGUUAUUGCACACCUCAAGCGCGAAAGCGCUGAGGGUGCUUUAUGAUCGCUCUAAAUUUUUUGACUUAUUCACUCACAUUAAAUUAUCUCUAGACUUUUUCGAUUACACUAAAAUGGGUCAAAUUGUGUACCAACAGAAAGACAGUUUAUUGGAGAAUAAUUUCGACCCAACAUUAAGUCGAUUAAUUAUUCCAUUAAUUAAAUAUAAAUCAUUUUAAUCUCAGUGACACGAGUUGUCAAUUGUGGUGUAUGAAACUUAGUAAACCAAAUAUAGUUGGAUUAGCGAGAGUUUGCGUUUCGGAUAUUUUCGGUUUUUACCCCCACCAUCUAAAUUUGAUACCUAAGACAUUGCGCCUUGAUGGUGGGGGUAAAAAACCGAAGCGCAAACUCUCGCUAAUCCAACUAUAACUCUCGAUCGACACAAUUAAUCGGCCUAACUUUUGUUUUAUUAUCUUUAAAUUUUUUAUCACAAGAACCCUAUUGAAAAUUACUGUCUAAAUCCUUUUAGUUUGAUUGUAAUUAAUUAAAAACGUAAAACUGAUUAUUCGCGAAAAGUUUAGCGGCCAUUUUUAUUUUUACUAUUGUUAUUAUUACAAAAGUAAAUUUUUUUUUCUUUUUUUCUCCCUACCAACUACUGGCAGCAGCACUAGCGUAAAACAGUAGGAUUGAAAACAAAGAACGACAUCUACAACAAAAAUGCGGGAUAUUUAGAAAAAAUUUUAAUAAAAAAAAAAAAAAUUAAACUGGAAUUAAGAAAUAAAAAAAUCAAAUCAAUAAUCUAAAAGUUGAAUAAAAAUUCAUAAUAAAAAAAAAUAAAAGUAAUGAUUGAAAAUAAAAUGGCGAUUGAGGUGUGCAAUUUUGGAUUUUCCAACAUUUUUUUUUUACACAUCAGCUGUUCUGACGCCAAAACUGAUCGAAGCAUGGCGAAGCUGAGCGCGCGCUCGUUCGGGAAAUUCAAAAUUUGAAAAAUUACUUUUUAUUUUUUUGCUGAAAGAUAUUUAUAUUUUUUCUCGCCUCCGGGCGGAAGGCGUCAACUUUCGUCCCGCUGUGCAAAACGAAGUUGCCGCUUUGCGCCUCCGUCGAGGAGAAAAAUAGUAUACACUCCUCGUGAAGUAAAGUAAGAAAGCCUCAGAUCACAUGUUUCUUGACCUCGGCUUCGCCUCGGCCAACAAAUACAUGUGAUCUGAGACAUUUCUUACUUUACUUCCCUAGGUGUGUAAGAUACUAUAUUCAACGAAGAAAUUAAAUAGUAAUUUAAUUUUUAUACCUAUAAAAAAUAAUUGAAUGGAUUAAUUCUUUCCUUAAAUGUUUUUUAACAAUAGUGCAAAUUAAAUAAAUUUUCUUUUCCGUACUUUAUUUUAUUUUUUAUUAAAAUCGAUUGUUUUAUUAUUUUAUUAUCUUAAAAUUUUAAAUAUUUCCAUAAAAUUAUGUUAUCUUACUUAUUUAUUGAGUUUCUAAUUUAAGCGUGCGUCAUGAAUGGCCAUGAUAUUAUUCUGAUAUUAUUAAUUUAAUAAUCACUCGUUCUCUGGUAAACUCUUUUAGAACCAAAAUAUACAAAUGUAACUAAUGAUAUUAGCUUGUUUUGGCCGGUUAAACCAGCAUUGAAAGUUAUUGUAGAGCAGAUGCCAUAAAAUAACUAUAGACGAUAUGUCGGAUAAGUAACGGAUUUCGGUUACAGAAUGAGCUGACAGGUUGCGCUGUGUCACAAGAGAACGAGAGAGAACGAGACCGCCUGGACAAACCGAGGGUGAUAAAAUUCUCACGAAUUCUCUUGUGACACAACACAACCAGAGGAGAAUUCUGGAAAGGACCCAUGCCAGAUUUGUCACUUAUCAGACAAACAUCGUACAAUAUCUUAUGCAAUCCUUGAUUCAGAAGUUCAAUUUAAAGAAAAAAUUAUCAUUAAUUAAUAACUAAUAUUAGAUGUACAUUGCACUGUUGACAACAUUAGCAGAGGUUAAUGUGUGGUAUACACAACGCGCAAGUCUUUACGAGUCCCUACUAGUAACCUCGAGCAUGUAGGUAUCCAUCAUUGCGUCAAUUGGUAAAACAAAUUUUAUUCUUCAAAGUAUUUAUAUAACCAAAACUAACCGUAAUAUUUGUUAGUGGAAUAAGAAUAUAGAUCUUGUAAUAAUGUUUUCUAUUAUAGUGCCGGGUGAAAUAAUAAAGUGAUAUAGUGUAGGCAUCAGGAAUUCGUCGUUUCUCCACCGCUUUUCAACGCUCUUAACUUGAACUUCUGAGGCAGGGAUUGCAUAAAGUAAUAUUAUGUGUAUGUACUCAUAAAAAAUGCAGAACAGAUCAAUUUAGUACGUUCGUUAUAUAAACUUACAAUUUUUCUGCUAGUUAUUAAAUGUCUAGAUUGUAGAGCUUAUCUCGCAUAUCCUUCAAAUCCUUCUCCAUUGAAAUCCAUUCAUUGCCGUUAGCGUUGCUCUCUUCAAAAUCGCCGUAAAAUAUUUUGUGUUGCCUAAACGUCAUGAAGUGGUCUCCGAACAAGCAAUUAUGAAGAUGCGAUAUACAGAAACCAGAUAAUCGCGGGCUGCAAACGUAUUUACCGUACCAACCUACCAAUCAAUGUGCUUUAUGUUAAGAUGGCAGCCAGGAUAAAGUCAAGAAUCUGGUAAUGAAAAACCUCAUCAAUAUGAAGACAUGAUAGGUCUUGAGUUAUUCAUUGUAUGAUGAAAAAUUUACUCGCCGUUGAAAGCUAUGAGUAAAUAAGGACAACAAACUGGAUUGGACUUAUAACGAACAUGUAAUAAGAUGCAAAAAAUUUGUUUUCUAGUCAUGGAACGUAAUAACAGUGAAAAUAAAUGACAAUCAAAGUUCACUUGUUGAAAGAGCACAGAGAGAAAUAAAUAUAAGAAACUUAUUUUAAAAAUGUCGAUUAAAACUUAUAAAUUUAUAUUAUAAACUUGAACUGUUAUCGAAAUUGUAUAAUUUUUACUAUCUUAAGAAUUUAAUUUUUAUUUAUAUUGAGUGAUUUUUAUUACUUAAGUAUGCAAAUAAAUGUAAACUGCAUUCGUUAAUUAGACUAUAUUUUUUGUAAGUUUUACUAUCCAUUAAGGCAUAUUUUACUAUCGAAUGGAAUAAAUUCUACUACAGUAGAAUAGAAUUAAAUAAAACGAAAUUUUCAUUAGUUUUUCCACUUUA